AUGACUGAAAAGAUACUUCGGUUUAUUACACAAUUCGCUGAAAUAUAUGCCGUUUAUAUAUUCAAUCCGUCUAUUCUAAACGUUGAAAAUCAUCCUAAAUUACGUGGUGUGUAUCAAAAUGAUGAUGAACUAUUAAAUCGUCUUAUUACUGACAUUCAAAGCUAUGUUCGUUUGAGCGAUUCGAAUCCAUUUUCGUUUGAAGAGAAAUUUUAUACGACAGACUUCACUGUGAUUCAACCAAUAAUGUCAGCCUCAUGGUUUUUUAUGGCUAUUAAUCUUCUAUUAAAGUUACCAGUAAAUAGUAAAUGUAAACAAAUAUUGGUUGAGCAUUAUCGCAAAGAAACGAUUUCUGAUAAUGAUGCGCGUUUUCUAGAAGAAUUCAAUAAGUCGUACCGAAAUGACGAUGCCGUUCGAUGGUACACCCGAACAGGUUUUCUCUUUCGGACUCUGAAUCAUCUUUUCCGUGGAAGGCGUGUGGAUAAAUUGGCUUUUUUUCGAUUUUUUAUUCGUGAUCUGUAUGAACAACUACGCAUAUUUCAACAGAAUCAGCCAUGGCUUAGUCCUCCAUUCUAUCGAGGACAACUUAUGUCACUCGAUGAAUUGUGCCAUAUAUCACAUAUGUCUAUUUUGAACUCGAAGUUUUCUUCGUUUCGACAAGCUCAUCUGUGUGCGAGUAGUUUUUUUUCUAUGACAACCGGUGUUUCUGUAGCAUUAUUCUUUGCUGGCAUAGGUAACUACCAGUUGGACAAUCCAGUUCAAUCUGUCUUAUUUGUCGUCAAAGCACCGAAUUCUGGUCGCAUUCCGUGCACAAAACCGUUUGCAUCCAUCAAUCAUGUAAGCUAUUUUGAAACCGAAAAUGAAAUACUCUUCUCUACUGGUACUCUAUUUGAUAUUCAAUCGAUACGUUACCAUUCUAUGGAAUAUUUUUGGACUAUUGAGUUGUUACUAGUUGAUGAAAAUCUGGCGAACGAAAUCCGAGAGGUGAGUAAUAUGUUUUCAAAUGUUUACAUACAAUAUUUCAUAGUUUCCAUUUACUUUACACCAAAGAAAUCAAGGGGUGGAAGGCGACACUCUAAUACUCCGAAAGUAACUUUAGAGUAG